AUGUUUAAUAAUAUUACAGAGUUACUUUUAGCUGGCGUUGGCCUAUCUCCUCAGCAGCAAUCUGAAUUCGAUUCCGUCAAAACAACACCUUCAUUAGACUAUUUUACGAAAAAUCCUCAAAAUUAUGAUCCAAAAGAUAAAAAUGAUAAAGUAUCUUUCGACAAAGCAUCACUUUUACGAUUGAUUCAAGCUAUAUUUGUCAUAUCACACGAUAAACGCAAUCCACAUCAAAAAAUGUGCUCACAAUUUGUAGAUGUUGCAAAUAAUUCAAACAUUUUGAAGACAAUUCUUACACAAUUGCCUGAUUUUCAGAAAGUAGUCAUGGCAGAAACAAUUAUUAUCAUCUCAAACGAACGUCCAAAAUUUUUUGAUACAGAAGACUUCGCAAAAAUGUUAAUGGAAGCAGCAUCGAACGCACAAUCACAUAUCAGACCGUUAAUUUGCUUCCCAUUACUUCAAUACACAUUAUUAAAAGAUGUUUUUGAAGGAAAGCGCGAUGAGCCAAGAGCCAUACAACGCGACUUGCUCGAUGCCAUUGAAGAACGAAUUCUUACUCCUUUAAUCACUGCAAGUUAUCUUUCACCGAAAAAUCAUGAAGUUCAUGAUUCAUUGAAAUGUUUUGACAUUUUCGAGAUACUACGAUCACAAUGGCUGUUAUCAGCAGUCAAACUCUUAUCUCAGAAAGCAUUAUCUAUCUGCUGCAACGAAUUAUUUUAUUUUGCCUCAUUAUUCAUCAAAUCUUUUCCAAAAGGCAUCACAGAAGAGCUUCUUAGUUCGAGAUUAAUACCAUCAGUAUCAGCAACACUCAGAAAAGAGCCCCAAAACUUCACAAUUUUUAUUGAUCGAGUUUUCAAUGUUUUUUCACAGAGUUCAACCCUUGUAACAUAUUCCUCCAUCAUAUCCAUUGCCAGUUCCGCCUGUUCCAACUCCUACAAUGCAGAAAAGAUCCUUGAAAAAUUUAAUCAUAAUGAUAAUCACGCCGAACCCCUUCUAAAACAGUUAUUUAGCCACUUAAAGCAUUGUUUAGUCGAUAUCAUCUCCGAUGAAGUACCAGAUGAGUCCUGGAACACUUUCUUUUUGAUCCAAAGAUUUUGCAAAUAUUUAUCCGAAGAAAAUCUGAAGUUUUUAAUCCACAAGUUCGUUUAUUACACUAAAGAAGACAUUCCUCAUGACCAAGAGCCUUCUGUUUUCUUCUCCUUCCUUUUCGAAUUCUUUGGAAACAAAACUUUCAGUCGUUUUGCAACAAAAUGUUUUUCUUAUUCAUCAAUUGUUUAUCCGCACGAAAGCCAACAAUUCUUAGAAGAUCUGAUGAUGAAUAACACAUUAACACACUCUAGAUUUGCCGAAAUAAUGAACAAUGAUACAAGAAACAUCGUUGCUUUGACAAGAAGUGCAAAAGUGUUCAUUGCAAAUCACUUCACUUAUUUUACAAAAGACAAAAAAUUGUCACCUUUUGUCAAAAUGCUAAUUAAGCAGUAUUUUCCAGAUUGUGUUUAUAAGAAGUACGAGACACACAGUAGUAGAUGGAAAGCGCUUAGAACAAUGUUAGAAAGUGCUUUAGAUUUAAGUUUGUGUUCGAAAAUUUUUGCUUUAGAAAUACAAAACGAUGAAGGCUUCGUCAGAUCAUUAUUAUCAAUUAUCUUGGCAUCGUCAAAUGUUAUCCAGAAACCGCACAUCGCGUCGAACGAAUCACAAUCGGAUAGAUUCGAUUUCGACGACAAUUUGCCUGUAAUUAAGUUUUUGGCAAUUGCUUUGUCACUUUUUGAACGAUUAGUUUCGAUAAAUUUGAUAGAAAAAUCUGACGAAAUGUUAUAUCUAUGCAAAUCAUUUUUUGAUGGAAAUACUGAUAUUUUUUCAACAUUAAUUAGUUUGUUAACAUUACCACAAGCAUUUGCAAGUAUUAUUAGAUACAAAAGCUUAAGAAUCAUUGAUUUAAUGUGUUGUGUUGCAAGUAAGAUGAAAAAUAUAAGUGUAGAUUCAUUUUAUCCUAAUUCAAAACAAGAAGUAUUAGUUGAAUCAUGUAGACAAAAUCUUUUCCAUGCAAAUGAUAUUGAACAAACAAUUAAUGAAUUGAAUUUCAUUUCAAACACAUUAAAUACACAAACAAGUUUCGCUUAUUCUUUCGUAAGAAGACUUGGAAGAGCUUAUGCUAGUGUUGCAUGCGAAAAAUUGAAUGACAUCAAGAAAGAAUAUCCAAAUCUUUUGAUGUCUUUGAGUUAUUUCCUUUCUCAAGUUUGGAGAAAAUUGAAUCAAAAUUCGGAAACAAUAAAAGCUAUUUCAGGAAUUAAUAAUUUCUGGAAAUCCGUUGAUUCAAUUAUAAAUGAAAACAUUGACAAAGAAGAAAAUGUUACGUCAUUGAUUGCUUCGAAAGCAUAUUUCUUGAGAUGCAAAGUUUGUUCUGAUGAAAUGAUAAAUUCAAGUGUUGUUUUGAGUGUUUUACAACAGAUUUCUGAUGCUUAUCCACAGACAUUAAACAAACUAGAAACAUCAAUCAAACUUGAUUUAUCUAAUUUCAUCAUCCCUGAAUUGCACAGAACAUACGGAGAUCAGUUUUACUUCGAUUGGAGAUUGUUAAAGAGAUUUUUGAUUUCUGUCGAUGGAAGUGAUGAAUACAUUGACCAAAUCAAGAAGAUUAAUGUCUCUUUGAGUAGAAUUGACAGUUGCACACAGUAUUUGCAGGCUCUUUACUCUUUGUUGGCUUCAAGAACAAAAUAUGAAAAAGAAGAUUUGAUGCCUGAUUGUCAAACCGUUUUUAGUUUGGUUGUCAAAAUUAUUGACAACCCAUUGACACCUAUUUCGACAGCAAGAGUUGCAUUCCAUCUAUUGGAGUUCUGUCUGCUCAACAAGAAAGAUGUUUCUUUGGCCAUUUCACCUGACCAAAUUAAAUCCAUCAUUAAAUAUUUGACGAAAUCUCCUUGCAAAGAGAUUUAUCAUUGUUUGCCUUAUCUCUUGGCUCUCGCACAAGUCUCUGACUCUUCAGUUUACGGGCAGCCAUUGCUUGGUCAGUUGUUUGAUCCUUCUCUUUCUUUCGCCAUCGAAUUUUCUAAUGAUGAUGCUGUCAAAACCGCUUCACAAGUUGCACUUUGUUUGAGGAACAAAGAUGGUUGGAUUGCGGAGUAUUACAACACCCUCAAGUUCGCAAUGAAGCCUCUUCUGUCAAACAAGUCUUUGGCAAGAGAAACCGUUAAUUUAAUAACGGUUAUUUGUCAAAACGAAGAAAACGCAGAAUUUUUGACAAAAGAAGGAUUUUUCGAAAUCUUCAUAACAGAAGAACUCCCGUGCAGCGAGGACUGGAAGUCGGACUUAUGGCCAGCUUUGUUCGACAUGAUGUCUCAAAUUCCUCCUCAAUUAAAUGUCACGUUUUUGUUCGCUCAAAAAGUGACAAGUCAUAUAUCAGUUUUUCUACAAAAUCAACAGAUCUCUGGCAUGCGAUCUAUUGAUCUUUUGAGAGUCCAAACAGCAGCAUUAGGCAUGGUAUCAUCCAUUGGAAACAGACUCAUGGAAUCGACCAUAAAUCAACUGUCACUUUUGUCAAAAUUAGAAGAAUUAAUUUUGAUCAGAUUGCAGAAGACAAUUGUUCUAAUUAGAGACAAAGGACAUGUUAAAAUAGAAGGCAGGAUUGAAGACAUUUACGACAGAAAUGAGAAACUUACAGCUCUUGUUUCUCUUCAAUACUGUUUGUUGAUCAUUUCAGCAGUUUAUGAUUUCCCUUAUGGUGGCACUUUUUCACAAAUUUUUGAAGAGAUUCUUUCUGUUUCUAUGUACACUUUCAUGGCCGAUAUACUCGAGAAUAUCGAAGAGCUUGCAAGUAAGAAAGAAAACAGACCUUACUUGCCAUUGAUAUCAAGAAUUUUCGGAUUGAGUUUGAGACUUUUUGUUGGAAGAGUUAAAUCUAUAAUUAACGACAAAAUGACAACUCGUGAAUCCAACGAAAAGAAAGGAAUGAAACUGGGCGGAGUGAUGAACAAAGUUAUCAAUGCAACACAAUCACUCAUUAAUGAAACAACUUUGGCUGAUUUGAUUGAAGAAGCAAACUUCUUCGAUAAAAUGAGAUUAUUCUUACUAGAAUGCCACAACAAAUAG